AUGACUGACUUCAGAUCCCAGCACAGCCAACGCUCUGGCCCUUGGUUGAUCGCUGAUAGCGGCAAUAUACACUAUCGUCCAAGUUACCUCAAAUUGACCAGUUCCGAUAGCUCAACUGAGAGCUUUCCUCUGCCCUUGAUUGGGCCUCGUCGAACUCGGCCCCAGGCAAUCCAUAUCCUCUCCUACCCCUCUGGCUACAUACCUCGCGACCUUCGCCCACCUUCAAAAUCAUCAUUUCGCUUGAGGGUACAGUGGCAAAGACAACAAGAGAGAUAUCUUCGCAAGAGCAAACGACGCACCACCUCUCGCGAAUCUUCUAGUCGCAAUCUCGAGUCUGCAUGCCAUCGUCAGGCGCCAAUUCUCCCAUUCAGCAAACCAACGAAACCUGCCCGCGACAGGCUACGCCAGUCACAUAGAGGCGGUUCCUCGACCAACGCCGUACAGUACGAUCAAAUUACUCCUGCGUCACAAAGUACUGCGACGACUAGCCUGACGUCGAGCCCAAUCGAGAACGUCGUCACACCCCCGCUCACAAUGACAUCGGGUCGCAGAGCCGCCGACACAGCUGCUUAUCGUCUGCCCGCCGACAGCGGCUACCUCUCUUCCAAAAUGCACAAGUCAGCUGUGACAUCCAUUACAGAGAUACCCAAACCCGUUGCGUCGGGCAGCGGUGUGACCUGCUCCAUAUUACUCGGCGAGCAAAAUGUGUUUCUUUACGGCUUCGAACAUGACAAUCACGGACGCAACGAUCAUCGCAGCGGUACGGCGCUCCUCAGAGGCAGGCUACGACUGCAUGUCACCAAGAAUGUCAAAAUCAAGGCUGUCCAGCUCAAGCUACUCGGUCGCGCCCGCACUGAGUGGCCCGAGGGCAUACCUCCGCUCAAACAAGAACUCUUUGAGGAGGAGAGCCUAAGGACACAGGUUUUGACCUUUUUCAACGCCAUGAACGAUGGUUGGGAAAACGAGUAUGGGAACCAAUGCACCUAUUCCCUAAAAUCCAGCUCCAACAACUCAAGCAACACAAACCUCGCCAUGCCUUCUAAUCAAUCACACCGCGCCAGCCUGAGCUCCAAAGAAUUGAAGCGCUUGUCUCUACAAACCGUCCAAUCUCGUAGUUUUGGCAAGGGCGACUACAGUGUUGCGUCCCCUACACAGGCAAAGGGCUACAAGGUCUUUUACCCUGGCACUUACGAUUACUCUUUUGAGCUUCCAAUCGACUACCACCAACUCGAGACCACUAAACUGCAAUACGGCUCCGUCAAGUGGGAGAUGCAUGCCACGGUCGACCGUGCCGGAGCAUUCAAACCCAAUCUUCAUGGUGUCAAGGAAAUUCCUAUUGUUCGUUUGCCAGACCAAAUGUCGCAGGAAAUGUCUGAGCCCAUUUCCAUAAGCAGGCAAUGGGAGAAUCAGCUGCACUAUGACAUUGUCAUCUCUGGCAAGAGCUUUCCCAUUGGCUCCAAGAUACCCAUCGCCUUCAAAUUGACGCCGCUCGACAAGGUGCACAUUCAUAAGCUCAAGGUAUUCCUCACAGAGUCGACCGAGUAUUGGACCAAUGAUAAGCGCGUCACUCGCAAAGACCCUGGUCGAAAAAUCCUUCUCUUUGAAAAGGUGGCUGGAAAGCCUCUCGACUCCCACUGGCGCCACUCGUCUGUCCGUACUGUGCGCGGUGGCGAGCUUACGCCCCAGCAGCGACACGAAGCGAGAGAAACAGCCCGCCGGCGCCGCGUGGCCGAAGCCUCGAGACGACGGGUGCCUCCUGAGCCCUUGCCUGAGCCGACGGAUAAUCUCCUCGGUGAGCUGGAGCUCGGACUGGAAAACAUGUGGGGUUCGACAGAGAUUGAGGCCAAUGUCCAGAUUCCAACCUGCGAGAUGAUGGCCAAGAACAAGGACCUGCGACUCCAUCCCGACUGUAGCUGGAAGAAUGUCAAUGUCUACCACUGGAUCAAGGUGGUGAUGCGCAUCAGCCGCCUCGACCCUGAUGACCCUUCCGGCACCAAACGCCGUCACUUUGAGAUUAGCAUUGACUCCCCUUUUACCGUCCUCGACUGCCGUGCAACACAAGCCAACACAUUUCUACCUUCAUAUGCCGGACUCGCCACACCUCCUGAUGUGUAUCACGCAUCUUGUGGCUGUCCUGAUGCCCAUGUUGUCGCCUCGGAUAUCUCUCCCAGUGGCUCAUUGACGGCACUCGCGUCGACCGAGGCCGAAGCCUCCGCCGUCACCGAUAUUCUUCCCUCUGCACCGCGCGCAGCUCAUGUCCAUCAACCGGCCCACGAACCCACCACCAGUGGCGGCACCAACACCAGUCCUAUGCAUGCCUCGGCCAACGCUCCUGGCGACCGUCGUUCGCGUCCCAUUCACCUUUUGCGCACCCCGAGCUUCAACCCCCCGAGCUUUGACGAGGACACUGCUCCUCCACCGAUGCUAGUAGACAGCGGUAGCAAUCAUCCGUAUGGUGCGCCAGCUACGACACCACCACCAACUUAUGAUGCCGUGGUUGGCACGCCGUCUGUGGAUGGGCUGGCCGACUACUUUGCACGUCUCGCAGACUACGGGCUCGAGGGUCAUGAGGAAGACUCGGGGUCGGACGGCGACGAAACGCCCCCACGCAUCUUGGAACGCUCAGGACGCGUCAAUGUAGCACACCCGCGUACACCCGGUGGGCGCAUGCCCAGUCGAAGCUUGGAACUUUCUCGACCAUUGAUGAAUUUGAAUAUUGAAAACAUGACGAAGCGUCGAAACGCAGCAGGCUCUAACCCCGCCAAUUAA